GAGCUCAGCGACGGCGGAGCUGGUGACGCUGAGGCAGGACCCACAGCCACGGGGCCCCGUGGCCGGGGCCGUGUGAUGCUGCCCCCCGAGCACCUGCCGGAAUCAGGGCGGGAGGACCGGGGAGCCCAGAGGCGCGCAGGCUGGUGCCGGGUGCGGGGAUGAGGCCGCUGGGGGCCCCGGCCUCCCCCGCCGUCGGGUGCUAGGAGCCGUGCCCAGGCUGCAGCCGGGAGCCGCCGCCCGGGGGCAUGGCCAAACCCCUCUGCCGCCUGCAGAAGCUUCUCCUCCGAACGCAGUUCCUGCUUUUCUUCCUCACGGCCGCUUACCUGAUGACGGGCAGCCUGCUGCUGCAGCGGGCCCGCGUGGCCCUCCCACCGGGGCCCCGAGCGCCCGGCCCCCUGCAGGCCCUGCCCGUGGCCGCCAUGGCGCUGGGCGUGGGCCUGCUGGACAGUGGGGCGCUGCAGGCCCCCCGCGUCAGCCCGGAGCUGCUGCUCGGCAUGGACGUGCUGCGGAGGCCCCCAGGCCGGCCCCGGCCCGGCCCCCGCGGGCUCCGGAGCCGGAACUCAGAGCUGCCCCCGCUGAGGCGUCGCCGCUGGUUCCACCACCUCGCGGGAGACGCCCGGGGGCCGCCCGCCCCGGGCCCCGAGGCCCCCAGGCCCGUGGCCAGCAGCCGAGGUGCCUACGUCGGCUGCUUCAGCGACAGUGGCCGCGAUAGAACAUUGAGGGGCGCCGUGUUCUUCGACUUGAGAAAGAUGACGGUGUCCCACUGCCGGGACGCGUGUGCCGAGCGGUCCUACGUGUACGCGGGCUUGGAGGCCGGGGCCGAGUGCUACUGCGGAAACCGGCUGCCGGUGAGAAGCGUCCGGCCGGAGGCGUGUAACCACGAGUGCAAAGGGGAGAAGGGCUCCGUGUGCGGGGGCGUCGGCCGGCUGUCCGUCUACCGCGUGGAGGACCUGCAGCUCGGCUCCAGGAAGCGGAGAACCGUCACAUACCGCGGAUGCUUCCGGCUGCCGGAGAACGGCACACACACCUUCCCUGAGUCCCUGACACAGGCCAACGUGACAGUGGACGCCUGCUCGGGAUUUUGUUCCCAGAAGGAGUUCCCACUGGCCAUCCUGCGGGGCUGGGAGUGCUACUGCGCUUACCCCACGCCUCAGUUCAGCCUUCGGGACGCCGUGGACAGCUCGCUGUGUGGCCAGGAGCCUGAGGCACAGAGGCUGGCCCCGUACUGCGAGGUCUACCAGACACCCAUGCAGGACACUCGCUGCACGGACAGGCGGUUCCUGCCCACCAAGUCCAAGGUGUUUGUGGCUCUGUCGAGCUUCCCGGGAGCCGGGAACACGUGGGCGCGGCACCUCAUCGAGCACGCCACCGGCUUCUACACGGGGAGCUACUACUUUGAUGGGACCCUGUACAACAAGGGGUUCAAGGGCGAGAAGGACCACUGGCGCAGCCGGCGCACCAUCUGCGUGAAGACCCAUGAGAGUGGCCGGAGGGAAAUCGAGAUGUUCGACUCGGCCAUCCUGCUGAUCCGGAAUCCGUACAGGUCCCUGGUGGCCGAGUUCAACCGCAAGUGUGCCGGGCACUUGGGCUACGCGGCCGACCGAAACUGGAAGAGCAAAGAGUGGCCGGACUUCGUGCGCAGCUACGCGGCGUGGUGGUCCUCGCACGUGCUGGACUGGCUGCGGUACGGCAAGCGGCUGCUGGUGGUGCAUUACGAGGAGCUGCGGCACAGCCUGCUGCCCACGCUGCGGGAAAUGGUGGCCUUCCUCAACGUGUCCGUGAGCGAGGAGCGGCUGCUGUGCGUGGAGAACAACAAGGAGGGCAGCUUCCGGCGGCGCGGCCGGCGCCCCCAUGACCCCGAGCCCUUCACGCCCGAGAUGAGGGCGCUGAUCGACGGCUACAUCCGGACGGUGGACAAGGCGCUGCGCGACCACGGCGGGGCCGGGCUGCCGGGCGAGUACGUGCCCAGAUGACGGCCCGGACGCUGCCCUGCGGCCUCGCUGG